UGCGUCACUCCCUUUGGUGGAAAGAAAGUAGAGGAGACAAGAAGCAUGCAAGUCAAUCUGUGCCAAUGGCAUCACAAGGGGAUGGAUGGAAGCUCGGAUGAUAAGGAGACCUCUCCCAUGGUUCAGUCUCAAAGCGAUACGAAUCUUACAAGAAGCGCUUAGGCUGCUGGUGCUGCUGUUAUUAAUUAGGAAAUUCCCUAGUUUGUGGAAGGCAGUGCUUCUCUGCUAAGCAGCUGGGCACCACUUGUGAGGAUGAUCCAUGCCAACUGGAUUUGAUUUUCAAGCCCCAAAAGCGAAGGGGGACCUGUUACUGCAAGAUCGUCGAGGACCUCAUAGGUUUUUCUGACCCUUGAACUGUAGAAGAGCUUUCAUCGCAGCUUCGUUUUCUGUGCAUUGCUGUUAGAUACCAAUGGAAGGUAUCAUGGCUCCCGAGGAGACCCAAGGGGUGGCAAAGUCUGCGAUGGAAAAACUAUCCAGUGCCAUGGGUGACAGAACUAAGCAGAUUGGCACAGCAAUAAAGGAACCACACCACCAGAGACGGCUUAUAUUGUUCAUUGUGUGUGUGGCUCUUUUCCUUGAUAACAUGUUAUACAUGGUCAUAGUUCCCAUUAUCCCAGACUUUAUUCAAAACUUGAGAUCGGUCAGUGAACAUCAUGCCAAAGGCAUUAAUUCCAGUAGUCAGUAUAGGUAUAAUAAGUCUUCUGUAAUUAGACCCCAAUACCCAGCAGAAAAUGAAGAUAUGAAGAUUGGAGUCCUGUUUGCUUCUAAAGCAAUCCUGCAACUACUAAUCAACCCACUAAGUGGAACUUUUAUAGACAGGGUUGGAUAUGACAUUCCCCUUCUUAUUGGACUGAUUGUUUUGUUUUUCUCGACAGUCAUAUUUGCGUUUGGUGAAAACUAUGCCACCUUGUUUGUAGCUAGAAGCCUCCAAGGAGUGGGAUCUGCGUUUGCAGACACUUCUGGAAUUGCCAUGAUAGCCGAUAAAUACACAGAGGAGGCUGAAAGGAGCAAAGCCCUAGGCAUAGCAUUGGCAUUUAUCUCAUUCGGUAGCUUGGUGGCGCCCCCUUUUGGGGGCAUAUUGUACCAGUUCGUAGGCAAGCGAAUGCCUUUUCUAGUUCUGGCUGGUAUUGCUCUUAUAAAUGGCGUGCUGCUAUUAUUAGUCAUCAAACCCUUUACUAAUAGGACUAGAGCAAAUAUGCCAGUUGGCACACCCAUCCACAGACUGAUGAUAGAUCCUUACAUUGCUGUGGUGGCAGGGGCUCUUACCACGUGUAAUAUUCCUUUGGCAUUCCUUGAGCCCACCAUAGCAAAUUGGAUGAAAACAACAAUGGAUGCAUCUGAGUGGCAAAUGGGUUUGACUUGGUUACCAGCCUUCUUCCCUCACGUCCUUGGUGUCUAUAUAACUGUAAAGCUUGCUGCCAGUUAUCCUCACUACCAGUGGUUUUAUGGGGCUAUAGGAAUGGUUAUCAUAGGUGCAAGUUCUUGUACUGUACCAGCAUGUAAAAACUUCUGGGAGCUAAUUGUGCCCUUGUGUGGGAUCUGCUUUGGCAUAGCCCUAGUAGACACUGCCCUAUUGCCAACCCUUGCCUUACUGGUAGAUAUUCGGCAUGUAUCAGUUUAUGGAAGUGUUUAUGCCAUAGCUGAUAUAUCAUACUGUGUGGCAUAUGCCAUGGGACCUGUAGUUGCUAGUCAAAUUGUUCAUACUACGGGUUUCACACAACUUAACCUCGGUAUGGGUCUAGUCAAUGUUCUGUAUGCACCGGCUCUUCUGUUCCUCAGAAAUGUGUGUCAGAUGAAACCCUCUCACUCAGAGAGGAACAUAUUGUUGGAUGAAGGCCCUAAGGGCUUGUACGACACUAUUAAAAUGGAGGAACGAAAAGCCAAGUCGCACAAAAGAAAUCCAAAUGAUGGGGUGAAUGAAAGUAUCAUGGACAAUUAUCAUGAUCCGCGUAAAGGUAACUACGGGUCUGAAGAGGACUCAUCUGAUUAUGAGUACAGUUAAAUCCAAUGAUCCAAUUUCCGUAUGUUUAUACAAUACAUUAAUUAUCAAUUGUUCAGUUGUUGUGAUGUCAGGAUGUUUUCUGUCGACCUUUUUUUAUGAUUUGUUUGCUGACAGAUCAAAUUAAUAGACA